AUGAAAAGUCUUUCUCUUACACUAGGAAGUACAUUUAUGCUGGCAUGCGCCCUUUUUGCAUCAGAAAGCAUGUGUCAGUCCCUCAAGAAGCACCGAUACUGGAAGUUUCAAGGAUUGCACGGGGGCGUAGGCGUAGGAGCUGCGAAUUCUUCGCCUGUAAAGAGCGCCUCAAAGAUCACAGAGCCCGUGAAGAAUGUUCCCCUCCUGACAAGCCACCUGCUCCACCCCAUGAGCAUAGAAGUAACAGAGGAGACCAAAAACCACAUCACCAUGGAAAUGGGCGUUGAAAACUUCAAGCACAUAGAGACUAUAGCAUUCUCUGCACAUACGAACGAGAAAUUCGCUAUCACAUUCCCUGUCAGUGGCGUAGUGCACAGCAAAGACAUACAGCCCGUGUUUAUCCCCGUGACAGACUCCAACAGUGUUUCUAUCUCGGAGAUUACGUUCUGCCGCCAAGCAAGCACAGCAACUGUCUUCAUCAAGUGGAACGACAUACAGAGACACUACGCUGGAAUCGCCAAGAAGCUUCUGUAUGGCGGUGUGUUUGACCUUGAAGAUGCAGAUGACGCUAUAGACGCAGAGAACCUGAAGAUACACAUUUUCAUCAAGAAAGACUAUGUUGCUCUGGAGGUGCCAGAGAAGGACCAGAACCUUUUCCUAAACCCGGAGGCAGAAUCUGUCCUCUACAAAAUUCCCGUGCGCGUUGACUACGCUAUAAGGGCGCCAACAAGCCCGCUCUUGAGCAAGUGGAUUGUAGAUGCUCCCAUUCACGUGGAAGACACCUCUUGCGUGAAUGUUCUGACUUUUGCUUCGUGCGGUUUUUCUGCGUGCGCUAAAACCGUCAGCAUAGGCGCGACUCUUCUAAGCAAGUACAAAAAAAGAGACCCCGAAAUUUGGCAAAGUCUUCUCGGCGUUCUCGGAAACAGCGAGAGCAUCAGCAAGCUGAUCUACGCAGGAUUCAGGAGCAACCCGAAAAACUCCAAGAUAACAAACGCCUCAAAGAAGGACAGAAAUGCGCGAUUUUUCACGAUUCGCUCGCCAAAUGUGUUCCUGUCCUCCAAGAACGUAUUUGAAGGGCGGUUCAACCUCGGAGAGUUCGGCCUGAUCCCGAAGAACUUCCUGCUCAGCCGAGAGAAGAAAAUUAGCACGAUCCAGGGCCUGAAGAUAAUCUCAGCAAACAACGGAGUGAUUAUAACGGAAGCCAGCAACGAUGGCGACUUCUUGGACAGCUUCUCGAACGCAAGCGCCCUGCACUCUCUUCUUUCGAUCACGCAGGUCAUAUGCAUGUCUCUGGAGUGCCAGAAGAGGACCGAAGAGGUAGAAACCACGCACAUGCACCUGUCACAGGUCAUUAUUCCGGGUAUUUUGUAUGCAAUUCAAAACGAGGAGGACCACAGGAUUCUCUCGACUUCUCUGUACUACUACAUUAUAAAAGUUCUGCACGAGAAGAAGAAUCUGUCCAUAGACUACGACACUGUUCUGGGGUACCUGUACAACAUAUCGGAAACAUCUCCCUUCCUGAUGCAUGAAACUCUGAAGCAGGUGGAGAGGUCCAUUGUGCGGGCUUCCUCCCUCUCGAUUCCCUUCAGGCGGGUGAUUCUAGGGUGCAGCUGUUCUAUGAACGUAUUCCUGACUACAUGUAUAGACGAAAAGACGAGCAUCUGCUCGCUGUGGAUGAAAACCCCAGAUGCAGGCAGCCCGAACAUUCUGUGCCUGCUCGGAUGCGAGUGCCUCUGCAAGAUUGUGGAUGAGCACAGCGGAGACUGCGACGUGAUUGCGAAGGGCUGCAAAUCUCUGAAGAAGCCAGCAGCCAAGAAGCCUGUAGCAAAGAGGUCCGCUGUAAGAACCACCAAAGCAGCAGCCCCAAAGAAGGAAAGCGGAUCUAUCGGAUCAGGAACAAAGACUGUUGUAAGUGUGCUCUCAAUCAUUGUGGCGAUAACAAGCAUCUGUGCUUCUGUUUACUACGUAUUCUUUGUUUGA